AUGAUGAAGACAUUGCCGUCUUGGCUAAAGUUAGCUAUAACAUCGCGAAUAUUACCUGAAAAUGACCGGAAGAAACUUGACCGUUUUCAAAUUUUAAAUCUUGACGACAAUUCUGAUGAAUUAUUAGAAUUUAUUCGAAAUAAAUUACCUCAAAUUGAUUCCAAUCGCAUCUUAGAAUGUUGUCAAGGUUCUUGGUUCUAUGUAUCACAAUAUUCCCGAGCUUUAAAGGCAAAUUUGCUCACGUUACCGUCAACUUCAUGUUCAUCAAAUAACAAUAUUGUAACUAUUCCACGUAGAUGUUCACUUCCUAAUGGUGAUAAUGCUCUUCUGGCAGCAAUCGAAUCUGAGUUACCAACACAUUUAAAUUUGUAUUUACGCUUAAUUGUUGCUAGUCGACGUCCACCAUCUCGUCAGCGUCUUGUAGCUGUUACACAUCUAACUGCUAAUCGUGCAAUUCAAUUGAUCGAAGUAGAUUUGCGUGAAUGUGAACCGAUUCUUGAGUCGACAGAUCCGUUGAUUCUAAGUGGUGCUUGGCGUGAACGGUUCAAACAUGAUGAAUGUGAGGAAGGUCACGCCUUAUGGGCACAGUUUAUUCAACGUACAGGCUGUGAAACUGUUCAGACAUUUCUGGAAUAUGCUUAUCAUUUGGCACACUCGGGUGAACUGCAUUAUUUGGAUCGAAUUAGAACACUCCGUGAAUGCGGUGCUGAAUUAAUUGAAUUAAAAUUUCCUGUAUUCGAUUUUAUGACUACGGAUUUGUUGAUAAAAGCUGGUGCAGUUAUUCUGGAUGUUCGUCAGUUACAGAGUGAUUUUGUGUUUGCUUGUACAUCUGGUGAUUUGGAUAACGUGUUAUUGUUGCUCGACAGCGUGAAUUACGAUGAUCUUUGUUCUGGAUUAAUUGCUGCAUCUAGUCGAGGGCAUACAGAAAUUUGCAAGUUAAUAUUGAAAAUUGACCCACGUGCUGCUGCUCACGUGGAUUCACAACAAUGGAAUGCGUUACGUUCUGCUGCGUGCAAUAAUCAUGAAAAUGUUGUUCAGUUACUCAUCGAAAAUGGUGUGGAAGUUGACGAAUGUGGUGAAGGUGGACGAACGGCUCUUCGAGCUGCUGCAUGGAGUGGAUACGAACGUGUUGUACGACGUUUACUCGAAUAUGGAGCUGAUGUUAAUAAGCAAGAUGCUGAAGGACGAACAGCACUUAUGGCUGCAGCAUUUAUGGAUCACGCAAACAUCGUUAAAUUACUCUUAGAAAAUGACGCACUUCCAAAUGUGGUAGAUAAAUAUGGAUCAACCGCUCUUCACUUAGCUUUUUCGACUGGUGCAGAAACUGACGAACACACCGAAACUAUCACAGUACUUUUAAAAGGUGGAGCAGAUUUGCAUAUAGAAGACAUCAAUGAUAGAAAUUGCUUGCAUAUUGCAGCAAAUCACGGCGAUCGAAACCUGCCAUUAAUUAUCGGAUGUAUUCAAAAUAUUGAUAUUCCGGAUAAAAAUGGACGUACGCCACUAAUGCUUGCAUCAAGUCAAGGUCACGUCUUUACUUGCAAGCAGCUGAUUGAAUAUGGUGCGGAUAUUGAUGCUAUCGAUGAAUCUGGUCGUACACCUUUGAUAAUUGCUGCUAUGAAUGGUUUUUUGGAUGUUUGCAAAUUGCUUGUCAAUUCAGGAGCUGAUGAAGGGCAUAAAGAUAACGAUGGCGCAGUAGCGUUACAUUAUGCAGUAACACAUGCUGAUUCAGAAUUAAGCAAAAUAUUAAUGACUUCAACGACUGUUCAAGCUACUGAUACACGUGGAGUACAUCCACUAAUAAUUGCUGCUCAACGUUCAUCAGUUGAGGUUGUGGAAGAAUUACUUAGAGCAGGUGCACCAGUACAACUUCAGUCACAUGAUGGUCUAUCAUCUUUACGUGCUGCAGCACUUAAUGGAAAUGAAUCAGUUUUAAGAUUUCUUCUCAAUUAUUUGCAUGAAAAUAAUGAAGCAUUAAAAUUAGAUGAAGUCGAUCUUGAUGGUAUACCACUAUUGCAUGCACUACUUGUAGCACGUGAAACUAACAUUGUUUCUACAUUACUAGAAUAUGGUGCUUCUGCUGCAGUGCGUGAUUCACAUGGUCGUAGUUGUGCUCAUAUUGUAGCACAAUUGAAUGAUCCAAAGUUAGCAGCCAUCGUUUGGAAUUAUGGAGCUGAAUUCGAAGCUCGAGAUGAAGAAGGUCGGACACCUUUGAUGAUUGCUGUUUGGGCAUCGAACUACGAAAUAUGCCAGUUUAUGCUAGAAACUAUUGGCGUAGCACCGAAUGUUGCUGAUUAUCAGGGUGCUACGGCUUUAAAUAUAGCAGCGAAUAAUGGACAACGUGAUAUAGUUAUCUUGUUGUUAAGGUUUGGGGCUGAACCGUCGAUUUGUGAUAAUUUGGGUCGUUGCGCAUCUGAUGUAGCUCAACUUGCUGGACAUGAUCAUAUCAGGUUGUCUUUAUGGCAGAUUCUGAAAAGUGCAGGUGGAUCUGCUGAUAGUUCGGGAUUCGGGUCAUUACCUGGCAGUCCAACACAACAGUCUAAAGCAAAAUUUUUAUUACAACAAAAGAAUCUGAAGCCAUCUUGCAAAAGCAAUACUUUGCAAAUUACUCACUGA